UGAGGGUUCCUCUCCUAGUUCAUAUUCACGUUCGAUCUUCCCAAGCUCCAUGGUUUUAAAUGGAGCCUCUCAUCUCCCAGUUCAUCUCGCACGUCGAUCAAUGCUUCGCUGCUCGCUCAGCUGACAACAUAGUCUCGUCCUUGCCUCUUGACGAGACACACCCUUUCUAUGGACCUCUCGUUCAAGCCCUUGCAUUGUCAAACCCCGCCGCUUUAGCCAGCUCCAAUAUUCAUCCUCGACUGACUACUUUGCCGGGAGAACUUAAAGAGAACCUGUCAACAUUGAUUUCUGCGCUUCUAAGAAACAUCCGAGGAGAAACGGACGACCAUGAGGUUGAUCAGGAAGAAAGAGCCUACCGGAAAUUUAACAGGCUGCAACAAAUUUAUAGUGAAGCAAAUAAAAUAUUUGGACUAUCCGACGCCGAAGGCUCUACUUCUUACGCGUUUCUCAAUCCCUUGAUAAAACACCUUUCACAAAAGAUUAGCCAAUCUUCUGAUGCGGCCGCAUCGCUGUCAACAUACCCCCUUCGACAUCCUAAAUCUGCACGCUCCAUCCGAGAUGCCACUCGUCAAUUGAUCGAACGAUCCAUGCAGAUCGCGAGCGUGCCUAUGAGUGAACUGGAAUGGAAUAAUGCACGCGAGCAACAGCAUGCAGUAGGAGACAUCAUUUGGCCUCUAGCCAAUGAACUAUUUCGCAUCUACGCCCAACGCAAACUUCAUACCCAGUCAACUGAGUUACAAAAGUCCUUACACAACCUUAUCCCUCCGGAGGACGAGCGACUUACUUCACGCCAAAACAGCAUCCGCGUCACAGACGUUUGCCAGAGCUAUUAUUGGCGAGGGAAGUUAGGUGUCGUUCUGCUUGACAUGAGAGGUGCAGUAUUUUGGCUGCAGAAGGCUUGGGCCACGUGUCCACAAGAUACGAGUGGGUGGAAGCAAAGAAGGUCCAUUAUUAUACGUCUCAUAGCUGUCAACCUUCUACUUGGACGCCUACCAUGCCCAAAGACCCUAGAAACAUAUGAUCUCCCCCAAUUCAGACCUCUGAUCGAUUCCUUCAGGACUGGAAAUAUACCUUUAUGGCGUCGUGUGUUGGAAGAACAUAGGGAAUGGUUUAGGAGGCGCAGUAUAUGGCUGGUCCUGUAUGAAAGGGGGGAGAUUCUCCUUUGGAGGAACCUCUUUAGACAAGCGUUGAAACUGUAUUACCGAGUGGAUCCUAUGGCCAGUAAAGGCCGUUGUCCCACAUGGAUCUUCAUCGCGGCUGCAUCCCAGGCGUUUGCAGGCUCUAGCGAGAUUGAAGAUGCAACAAUAGAAAUUGAGGACAUCAUUGUCAUUGUAUCAAGCCUUAUAGAUCAGGGUUUGAUACUUGGCUAUUUGUCUUAUUCCCAUAAGCAACUGGUAAUGAAACCCAGCCCUGACGGGAUGGGCGGUUUUCCGAAGAUCGCUCAAGUACUUCCUCGGCGCAUAGAAGCUAUACAUUGAUAGGGUUUGUUUCGUCACGCAAAUUAAAUUGUGUACCUAUGCAUGUUGCAGAUAAUCUACAGUGAAACUUGUGCUACGUACGCCCCUAGACUUAAAAGGAAAGAUGAAGCUGAGUUACCUUCUUCAGUUCAGAUUUUCCCCCCUACCUCAUCCUCUUCCGAUUUGGUCUGUCUGCCCUCCUCGCCAAUCUCUUUUUUGGUUUCACCUGUUGAAAAUAAACCGACCUGGUCAACAUCAAUCCUAGCGUAGACAGUGUGCUCACCGCCCUGACAUGUACCCUCGUCUAUCGCCUACCCCGCAUGAACCGUUCAACCCAUCCAAUGGCACCGCCUAUGGCAGAAGCAAUUUUGUUCGCCAAGCUGAUGGGUUCUUCAGAUGAAGAUAAAGGAUUAUAGGGCUUGUACGGUUCAGCGGGAGGCCGAGACGGUCGAUGGGGGGCAUGCUCGGCUUGGGGCUGGUUUUGAGAACGAUAUGAUGGAUAAGAGCCCUCACCAUUUGUAGGCUCCUUUGGUGGCGAAGAUGGGUUGGUGACAGGGGGAUCAGAUGGCAACGGACCAAAGUGUACUUGGGGAUUGCGACCUUCAAUAUCAUCCGCAUACGCUUGAAGAAUUUUGCGUUGGAAUGGUGUAAGAGAUCUGAUUCGACUGUAAGCGCACCGAAUACGGUAUGCACUGAUAAACUUACCGAGGAAUUUGUACUUUCCAACCCACGAUGAGAUCUCCGCGAUCAUUUCUCCUUCCCCCGUACACGCUCUUGACACCUCGCCCUUUCAACACUGCCUCUUCUCCAUUUUGGGUUCCAUUCUUCACCUUUACGUCCACGUCGCCUUCCAAGGUAGGUAUCCUAAUGACACCGCCCAAGAGUGCUAUGUGAAGCGGCAC